AACUAUAUUAUCUAAAUGUACUUCCGGAACCAGGGCCGCUGAAAAAGUGGGUGGUAACGUUUCAGCUCUAUACGGAAACGGCCUCUUAAAUCAACUCUAACACAAAUUGAAAAAAACGUGUAAAAACAACAGCGGGUUGACACAGGUUGGGCUAUACCUGUUUCCCAGUGUGGUGAUGGAGAACUCUGAGGGAUCAGAGCAGAUGGGUAGGGAGCAGUCACAUGGCCAGCGCCGACAACAGUCUCGACUUCAACGAGAGGAGGCCUUCUACCACUUUGUCAACAACCUUAGUGAGGAGGACUACCGGUUGAUGAGAGACAACAGCCUCUUUGGAACUCCUGGUGAGAUAUCUGAAGAGGAGCUGUUGAGUCGUUUGCAGCAGGUCAAAGAGAGGAGCAGCGAGUCCAGAAAUGCAGAGAGUGCUGGACAAGAACAAGCAGAUGGUUCAAAUGGAGACUCAUCAUCUGCUGUCCAUCAUCAUGGGAGCCAGUCAUGGAGAGCAGUGAGCAGGACCAAUCUCAGUAGUGGAGACUUUCGCUUCAGCCUGGAGAUCAACGUCAGCCGCAACAUGUCCAGCCAGCAGGAGCCGACCGAGGACGGGGAGAGACUGGAAGAAGGAGUGGAGGAACCGGCGAGGCCGCAGACAGUGGCGGAACGUGAGAGUAGGGUUGCAGUGAGGGAAAUGCUGGCAGAGACGUCAGAGGAGGAGGUGGCUGUUGUUGUGGUACCUGAGCCAGAGCCCUUGAGACCAAAUACCCCCCCUGUAAUCAGCCCCAUUCGUCUUGAGGUUCAAAACUUGGUGCCUUCUGACUCCCCUUCCAGGGGGCCACGACGCAGGGCCUCUAGGAUGGCCAGGAGCCACAGCCCAGAACAGGGCCGGACUAGGCCUCGCCCCGAGAGGAGCCGCUCCCCCUUCCGUUGGGACCCCCUCCCACAGGCGCAAGAGGAGGGCAGCUCCAGAACCCGGCAGAGUGUGACAGAGCGAGAGGCCCUGCCGGACAGGGUAGCGCCGGAACAGCAGGAGGCGGAGGACUCGGGGGCGGGCGCCUGGCGGCCCCCCACCAUCAGGCUGAACCUCCGAGUGCGGCAAGCAAGACCCGGGGAGCCCCAGGACAGCGUCGGCAGCCGCACCGGCCCGCAGCCCCAGGCACCCAGCGAAACCGUCCAGUAUGAGAGCGAGCGCUCGGGGUUCCACCGAACCUUUUCUCGCUCGGAGCAGGCCGGGAUCCGCACCUACGUCAGCACCAUACGCAUCCCCGUGCAGCGUUUGGCCGACUCGGGGCUGAGCGAGGCCACGUCCUCCGCCCUGCGGAUUGUCAUCCGCCAGAUCAUGACAGGCUUCGGGGAGCUCAGCUCGCUCACGGACUCCGACUCUCACGACUCCUCCAACUCCAGCCAAGAACCUGGCCGGUCAGCCGCGGAGGAGGUGCCCCGCCGUCCUGCCGCUGUCGGCGCCAUCCCUUUUGCCCGCGGUCCAUACCCAGGCGUCCCGCUACCAGAGGAGAGGGGCGGGGGAGCUGCGGAAGACUCCGGGGAGGGCCGGGCGGAGCCAGGUACCCUGCCCUUCCUCCGGCUGGCGCACUUCUUCCUGCUCAACGACGAGGACGAGGACCAGCCGCACGGCCUCACCAAAGAGCAGAUCGACAACCUCUCCACGCGGAGCUUCCGCUUCGGGGAGAGCGGCAGCCUGCAGACCUGCAGCGUGUGCAUCACCGACUACGCGGAGGGACACAAACUGCGGCAGCUGCCCUGCUCUCACGAGUACCACGUCCACUGCAUUGACCGCUGGCUCUCCGAGAACUCCACCUGCCCCAUCUGCCGCCACGCAGUCCUAGCAUCCGCCAACAGAGAAAGUGCGGUGUAGGCAAUGCAGGCCUGGGCCGUACAGCAGAACGCAGCAUCUGAUUUGCACCUCUGAGCAGAGGAGCUUUUGACAACGAGCAUGUCUUUCUCAACUCGCGGCCAGUGGGGCGGGACUGUAUAGGCAGUGAUGCAUAUUUUGAAGUGAUAAAAAUGUACAUAACACUACAACAACAUCGGCAUCAUUUUAACCUGUUUCACACCUCCUCAAAGUCCCAAUAACCUAGUGGCACUUACUACCAGUCAUUGUCCACUCUACCUGAGUGUUAAGAGUUCUGGAACUUAGCUCGUCUAUCUAUCCUGCCUGAGUAUUAGAGUUCAUCAACAACUUGGAUAAGUUAACCAAUUAAGAGAAACUGAAUGUCAUAACCCUCUGAACAUUUGUGUAAAUAUUAUAGGACAUUUAUGGACAAUACAAAAUGUUCUACCAUUGGGUUACUUUCUGUUUACCUGGAGUGUUUUAAUGCAUGUUGAGAAAGAAAUGAAGAAUAAUCCAGUUAUAUUCUUACUUAUCAAUAUUGAUAAAUAGGACAUCAGAAGCCUUGCACAAAAUAAAUUAAAAGUAAUACUUUAUUUAA